AUGUCUCUGUCAACCAGCAAGUUGCAACGAAUACAAGAGCUAUGUGUUAGAGGUAGUUAUAAGCGGGCAGUUGAGAUAGCAGUACCACCCAAGGGUCCAGUAAGGGGGGCCUUGGUCCACGCUAUGAUCACUGGUCUGGCCCGUAGCCUUGGACCGGGGACGUGGACGGAGGAUGAGAAGUUCCAGUUAGCUUUGAAGAGGGCCUUCGUAGAGAAUGGAGGUAGAGGUUUCUCGCAGUUGGAGCUGUCAGAGAGUAAAGAGGCUUUGAAUAGGCUAGGUGUAAAAGUACCGGUACCUACUAUUGCAAUUUCAUGGAGGAAGCCCUCGACCCCUACACGCAUGGCAGCACAUGAAGUCUCCACUCUCAUCAGUCGGUCUAGUGAGGAGGGGUGUACGACACUGGACCGGGCUAACCUUACACGGCUCAUAUCCAAUGCCCUUGAUGGUCCUAAGGGGUCCUCUAGGGACGUCGCAACGUUGGUAUGGGGUUGUGGUAAGUUGGGAAUAGACCUGAGGGGGGAGUUGGCACCAUUGGUGGGCAGUAUGACCCAGCUGUCACCUAAGGAUGUGGCCAUGGUCCUUUGGGGCUGGGCCAAGAUGGCAUCAUCACUGGAUAAGGGAGAGUCAUUAGUAGAAGCACCAAUCUCUCGGAUGGUCGAUGACUACUUGCCAAAGGCCCAUCAUGCCUUCACUGGUGUUGAGCUAGCCAACGUGAUAUGGGCAUUAGCAAGGCUUCGUCACUUCACCCCGGUGUUUACGACUCUGCUGGCACAGGCUACACACCUUUCUACAUCCAUCUCUCCUACUGCUAUUAGUAGUAUUGUAUGGGCUGCUGGGGUUAGGCUCAAUGCUAUAGGUGAGGGCCCUCCAUUGGAGGUAAUCAAGGGCCUCUACCAUUCUACGUUAUCCUCCCUUUACUUGAUGGACCCUCCCUGUAUAGCUAGCUCUAUAUGGGGUCUAGGAGCAUUGGGUAUGAUACAGGAGACUUUGCUGCCUCACCAAGUAGUAGUGGUAGUAGAGAACAAUGCCCAUGCGUUCGAUAUGGAUAACUUGAAGUCAAUAUUACAGUUUACCUGGAUGGAUCCUUCCAUCACAGCAUGUCUAGGUCCUGAGUUCCUCCAGCGCCUUGCUGCUAGUCCCCAGCCUGUGCCCUGGACCCAUAGCCUACCUCAAGUCUGCCUCUACCUCAGUCGAGGCUCUCUACAGUCUACUCUAGAGACUGCACAUGCCCUUCACUCGUACCUAGGCAGUCGUCUUAAUGCUAUCACGCCAUCAGCAGUGGAUGCGGCUAGACUAGUAGCAGCCUUUUCAAACCUGUCCUAUCUACCUAGCCAUACCAUCCUCACUAAACUGAUGGACAUAGCCUUGGAGGGUGCCUCUAGUUUCUACCCUAAUACCUACUGUAUGUAUGCAAUAGCGUUAGCACAGCUACAUCAGACUGGGCACCGUCUGCCGCCCUGUAAUGAGAGUCUUACUAUUGACCAGGCUUGUAGUAUACUAUGGACAGGGGUAGUAUUGGACAUUGAUGGUGUAGAGAGUAUCAUGGAAAGGGUCCUAGCUUGUAUUGCUAAGGAGGGUGAUCUCCCUUCUCUACCUUUCGCUAGGCAAGCCAUAGCAGGCUUGUGGGCCCGUGGAAUGGUUACUGAGGCCCAGCAGUUGAUAGGAGCAUAUCCUGCUGGGACACUCACUGAGAACCCAGCCUCGAGCUCUCUACAUACCAAUAUUAGCCAAACAUUACGGUCCAUGGGGUAUGGUAAUGUGCGGGAUGAAGUGGAGAUAUGUGGCAUCUAUAGGGCCGACGUCGUUAUCGAUGACUUGGGCAUCGUUAUAGAGUGUGAUGGUGAUGUGCACUAUCUCUAUUCCCCAGACUCAGGGUGUAGUGAUAUUCUUAUAGGCUCUAGUGUUAUUAGGGAUAAGGUGUUUAUAAAUGCUGGAUGGAAGGUCAUCAGGGUAUCGGUAGCUGCAUGGAAGAACUGUAAGGAUGCUGCUGGGAAGGUGGCUAUGCUGCGAAGGCUCAUCAACAACCACAGCUGAUGAUGGUGAUGACGGUGUAAUUCAUGUUUCUG